AUGGCCAAACCCAACGGCAUCGCCGACAACCAUAUCAAAUCCGAGCACCAGGUGGAGAUGACGGAGGAGAAGCAAGACAAAGGCGAAGAAGACUCAAAGUGGGGGACAUGGGAGGAAUUGUUGCUAGCAUGCGCCGUCAACCGCUACGGCACAAACAACUGGGAGUCCGUCGCCGCCGAAAUCCAGAAGCGCUCCUCUAUUCCCAAUCCGCUUCUGUUAACGCCGGGAAGCUGCCGGAAGAAGUACUUACAUCUUACCCGUCGAUUCUUCACCCGCAACCGCCUCCUCGUCGGGGACAAUAAGAGUGAUUGCUCCGACGGCGCCGGUGCCGGCGCCGGAAGCGGCGACGUCGACGGCGACAUAGUCGCCACCGAUAAAUCAGUACCUCUACUAGAAGAGCUGCGUAAGCUUCGUGUCGCCGAGCUCCGCCGCGAGGUUGAACGUUACGAUCUCUCUAUCGUGUCGUUGCAAUCGAAAGUGGAGAGAAUGAAGGAAGAUAGAGAGCGGAGUAACAGUGAAAAAGGAGAAAAAAAAUCAUCAGAUCUGUUUAGUAAAAGUGUGAAGGCGGAUGCAAAGAGUGAUCGUAUCGAAUCGGAAGUUAUGGGAGACGUCAAAGAAGAACCGGACAAGUCUCCGUUAUCGGUCGCCGGGGAACCAGUUUCCGACAAGGACGAGCAAUCGGCUAACGACGAUAGAGUGACUGAUCGGAGGAUUAAUGACGAAAAUGCUGGAAGAGAGGGAAACAUGGAGGAAGGAGCGAAAGAAUCGGAUCGAACGGGGGAGGGAAAAGAAACUGAACCGGCCGGAGUGGAGAAGCCGGUUCGGGAGGAAGAUUCGUGUUACGGAAGCUCAGAUAGCGUGGAAAAAGAAGACCCAGAACUGGUUCAGCAGAAAGUGAAAAUCGAACCGGAAUCGGUGAGUGACUCGCCCGAGUUAGUGGAAUCGGUGGCUGAGUCGAAGGAGGACGGAGGAGGAGGUGGGGGCGGGAAAGAGGAGGAGGCGGCGACGACGACGGCUAAGGAAGAUUGCUCCGACGUGCAAAGCUCCGCGACAAAAUCGAGGGAAGACGGAGAUAGUCAUCAGCUGCCCCGCGGGAGCUGCGACGUAGAAAAGAAGUGUAAAUCUCCAGCCGUAAAAAUCGAAGGCUCAAUUGAAUGUCAGCCGCUGAUCGACUUUCUGGAGGAUUUGAAACGUCACAAGCUCGGCUUAGUUUUCUCGCGCCGGCUCGACAGUCAGGAAACUUCAAACUACAAGAACAUGAUCCGGCAACAUAUCGACCUGGAAACAGUUCACACAAGGGUUAAAGAAGGUGCAUACUCAGACAGUCACCUCAAGUUCUUUCGCGAUCUACUACUACUGGUCAAUAAUGCCAUGGUAUUUUUCGGUAAGACAAGUACUGAAUUCGUCGCAGCAACCAAGCUUCGGGAUCUCAUAUCUAGUAAGAUGACUCAGAAAAUCGCUGCCAAGUCAGAUUCUUCAUCCGACAAGCAAUCUUCAUUGCAGAGAACAUCUUCCUUGUCCCUGCUGCCUAAAAAAGAAAAUUCUGAACAAUCUGAAUCUCUGCUUCUGAAACCUAAGCUAGGAGGCCCUUUGAUAUUUUGCCGGAAGCGCAGCUCCAUUGCCGCAAAAGCAUCAGGGACGGCAUCAUCAUCAGGAUCUGAUAAGAAGAAAGAGCAAACAACAUCGAAGUUGGGGGAGGAGAAAGGCGUUCCCGAUUCAAAGCAACUGUUUAAGACAGAGGAACCAAGAAUCACUAAGAAGAGAUCAAGAGACAGAUUUAGUUCGGUAACCAUAAACAACGUGAAGAAGAAUGGCAAGAAUGCCGUUACUGGCAACAACCCAAGUUCCAAACAAAUUUCAGAGAAAAGCCAAGUGAAGGGAGCAGGGUCAUCUUUGCAGCAACUGGAGCUGCCCAAAAGUGAAAAUAAGAGCAAAAAUUCAAACACGGAUCCAAAGAAACGUAGUGCAGCUACCUUCUUGAACAGAAUGAAGCAAAGUUCUUCCUCCAAAAAUAACGGCGCAUCUUUAGAUGCAAUAAAGAGUUCUUCACUUACUAAAGGAGGUGGAUCAGAGCCUAAGAAAAACGAGACUGGAAAGUCCAGUGGAAAGAAAGAACAAGCUUCUUCGACUAGGGUUACUUCAGAAGCCAAGUCCACGAAGGAAAAAGGUACUGCUAGUAGCCCAGUGAAGAAAUCACUUGGGAGGCCACCAAAGAAAGGUGGUCCUGCAACACCUCCUCCAGUGACCGGUAAACGGAACCGGGGAGAUGGAAAAGAAAGCGAAUCAGUUGCUACAAACCACAAAAGAAAAAGAUCAAGAAAGUGA